AAUCCCCAGGAUGGAUUCAGUCGUUUGAAGCGGUGGAUUAUGAUUGGUGACCAUCAUCAGUUGCCACCAGUCAUCAAGAACAUGGCUUUUCAAAAGUACUCCAACAUGGAGCAGUCUCUCUUUACACGGUUUGUUCGGGUUGGAGUGCCAACCGUUGAUUUGGAUGCACAAGGAAGAGCAAGAGCAAGUUUGUGUAACCUCUACAACUGGCGUUACAAGAACCUGGGUAACCUGCCUCACGUGCAGCUGCUGCCGGAGUUCAGAACGGCCAACGCUGGGUUUUUGUACGACUUCCAGCUUAUAAAUGUGGAAGACUUCAACGGUGUGGGAGAGUCUGAACCCAAUCCCUAUUUCUAUCAGAACCUUGGCGAAGCAGAGUAUGUUGUGGCACUCUUCAUGUAUAUGUGCCUGCUUGGUUAUCCUGCAGACAAGAUAAGUAUCCUGACAACAUACAAUGGCCAGAAACACCUGAUCCGUGACGUCAUUAAUCAGCGGUGUGGAAAUAAUCCACUGAUGGGACGGCCAAACAAGGUGAAUGGAAAUAUAUCAGUCAUUGGAAUGAUUCUGGUAACAACUGUGGACAGAUUUCAAGGUCAACAAAAUGAUUAUAUUCUCCUUUCACUAGUGCGUACCAAAGCUGUAGGCCACCUUAG